AUGGACAUCACUGAAGUCACCGCUGUGAUUUACCACGCCUUGGUGUACAGCACAGUAGGUGACUUCCUGGUUGAGGAAUUACUAUUUGAACAGGAGGGAGGACCAACAGAGAUUAUACGAGUAUGUAACACAGCUGGGGAGACUAUAAAGCUCUCCUCUGUAGCGCUCAGUCGGCUUCAGGUGUCUGACAAUUUCCCAAAUCCGGAGUUUUUUGCCAUUGCAAACAUGGGGGGCAAGCACACACAAGAAGUGCACUGCCCUCCUAAAAGUACCGUGCUUGAGAAUGACAUCAGCUCUGCAAUCACAGCCAGAUCACACCAAGCUGUGAAAGCACAAGGUGCUUCCUAUCUAAUCCCAGUCCCUCUUUUCCUGACCUCCUGUGUUUUCAGCAGCAAGCAUGGAUUUAUACAGGCUGGUCCACCACACAGUAGGAACUCCCUGCAAGUUCUUUUCUUCCAUCUUUAUCUCAUCUCUGGAAGCUCCAUCCGUAUUGGAAUAGGCAGCAAUUAUUCCAAUAUCUAUGAACAGAGCAUUCUGCCGUGUAAAAAAGAGGAACUACAGUGUGGUGAUGGACUCUGCCUCUUAAACUGGCUGCGCUGUCACUAUAAGAAGGACUGUGGCAGAGACUACAUGUCCAUCAAGCUAACAUGCUCAAAAGUUCACUUGAACCAGAGCAGCCCAACCAGUGAAUUCCCCAGCUACAGUGAAAACGGAAGUGAUACCAGUUUACUUGUUUCGCCCCUUCUGGUGGCUGGAGUAGUGAUCGGACUUGUGCUAUUUCUAUCCUGUGUUACAAUCAUUGUUGGCAGUCUGCGAAAGGAUGGACGGUUAAGACACCCACAUCUGAGGAGAGAUGCUGUUUAUGCUCCAGAUGGCUUCUCUUAUGGUGGCUCUUUUGGAGAGCUAAGAUCCACCUGCCUGGAGGAGUUUCCCCCAGCUUUUGAUUUUGGUUCCUAUCUGGAUACGCUUUCUCAGGUCAACGUCAUGUAUCCGGAUUCACCUCCACGCUACGAUGAAUGUGUGGGGCCAGGAGCAACUCAAAUCUAUAUUCCCACAGAUGAUCCCCCCCCAUAUUCUCUUACAGACCCUUGUCAAAGAAAUGAACUAUCUGUAAACAUUAGCCUAGAAGAGGAAGCAGCAUCUGGGACUACAGGACAGGCUGCAAAUUAUGCAGUCAGGCUGCAGGACUUGCAGCAGCCCAUUUCAUCCAUCUCUUUGUCAUCUCUUACUUUGGAGGCCGCUCCCCUGUAUGAGACAGUGGUGUGUGAACAGAAUAUCCCCAUCCCACUUGUUCCAAUGGAAGUACUGAAAAAUUCUUCCACUGACUAUCAGACUCUUCUGAACCAAAUCAUGUGAAUAAAAGUGGCUCUUUCCUUCAAUUCUUCUGAAGAACUCAGACCAACAAAAACAUUUAAAUGGAAGAAUAAAACCUGUGAAAGUUUUACCUAUUUUAUAUCUUUAAAUGGGGAUGCAAUGGGAUUUUAUUUUUUACAGUGAAUUUUGAAAGUUUACCUAAGCUUCCCUGUUUGUGCUUCAAAGUGGUCCAUGACAUCACACAGCGUAAAAAAGCAGCAGUGACAAGCAGUGCACCCAACCUUUUUGAAGCAUUUCAAACCACAUUGCAAUCAGCCAUUUUUAAUGUUGAUACAUGUUAUCCAGUCAAGCCUACUUGUUGGUUUUAUGAUACUUUGCAUGUUUUAGAGCAGAAGGAAAAAGAAGAGCAUUUUGUUGUCUUUGUAGGUUUCACUAGUACAUUUCAUUCAGUGUCUUGGCAACAAAGCAUUUUUAAAUAAUUCUUUGUCUAAAUAUGUAUUUCAGUAGACAGAGACAGAACACUGCCUGCAAAACAUGACUAUCAGUAGCAUACAGGAGCAAAAGAAAAAGGAGAAUAAUAUUUUGAUAAUCACAUUUUUCCUUUGGAAAGCCGGGCCAGUACCAGGCUUUCCAGACCAUUGCAAAGCCUGCUGUAAGUCUUCCUCAAAAGAAACUAGCGGCAAGUGAUGGAGAGGUGGCAGUGGAUCCCCAAACACCAAUUGGCUUUACCUAUGGAAGCUGUACUACAGCUGCUUGCAGGCCUGGGAGCUGCGUGCCCUUCACGGGAACAUGAUAUAGCCAAGGGAAGGGCAAUGUCUGGAAUCCCAGAGGAUGCUUCAUGGCAAUUCCCACGCAUGUUUGCUUUUUCAGGCACUAACUGGUCUCUUUCUCCAGUAGGGAACCUGCAGUGUUACAAAGGACCUUGACCUCUAGUAGUUGCAUUAGUGUGAUGUAAAUAAUAGAUGCUGGACUUGGCAUGCACAGUAACAGAGAACCUCAAUUUGUGCGGAAACCUCUUUUAUUAGGCAUGAUCCCUUUUACUGAAAUUUUGCUACCCACGAAUCUAGCUUUUGUUCAUAGACCCAGACUUCUCACACAUUCAUGUGGUAAGCGUAUACAAGUUGGAGAUGUGCACUAGCAGGAACAGCAGAGGUAAACUGCAGAUGUGAGAGUUUAAUCUUACAUGGUACACAAGCACCUAUCUCCACAUAAGGACUCAACUACGUCUUCAACCAGUACUAGUUAUCAGAGGCUCAUUUCCACUAAAUCUCUUAAGAGGCAUUUUCACUGAAGAAGAAAAAAAAAAUAAUUUUUUUUUUUACGCUGAUAAAAUGGGCUUCAGUUUACUACCCCCACUGAAGGAUGUGUAAAAAUGAGUAUAGUAAAUACAUAAUUGUGUUUAAAAGGAAGCAUCAUCCAAAUUAUUAAAAUUGCACUUAGAUUUUCUGUAAAUACUAAAUAAUUUUCAACUGUAAUCAUCAUUCAACAUUCCAAAGAUUGACACAAUUAUAAUUAAUACUUAGAUGGGAAGUAAUUAUAUGGUUCUUACUGCUGUAUAAAUUAUACCAUUACUGAGUCAUAUGCACAUGAUAAGGUAAGGUAAGUAUGCAUUUUUUUGCUAAGUAGAUGAGAAUAAGUAUGUAUUUUGCUAAAAUAGCAGAAUUCUUUUGCAGUUCAGCAAAAUUUUCAAUAUUCUCAGUAUACUAUACCCAAACCAACAAAAAUUCACAAUUUUGCAUUGCAAAACUGCUAGCAGGCAUUGCCAGAAUGUAGGCUAUAUUCCACAGAAUUAUUCUGCUGUAUAAAGUCCUAGUGUAAACAGUUUUGCGGCAUGCUAAGUAUCCUGCAGUAAGAGAAGCAAAACUCUACACCAUCCAUUAAGGGCCAGAAAUGGAAACCAACAUAGAAAUAUACCAGUCAGUUUUAUUGGCAGGAAAAUAAGAAGGAAAGCACAGACAUUUAUUUAUGCAGAAUGGGACAUGUUUUCAUAGCUGUGUCUUCCUGCAGCUCCUGGACAUCUGCCUAGAACAGGGUAAAGCACUGGGACCAGACCUGCUUACUUCAGGCUGCUAUUGGGGAGGUGGAGGGAGAAAUCUAAUAAACAACUAUUAGAAGGCAAAUGUGAUUCUACUUCCGCUCCCCCCAAAAAGUGAGUCUCUCUUUUACCUAUAACAUGGCAAACCUGAAGGUUCUUCUGAAGACAAGAACAGAGGGCUUCUCACAUCUGGCAGGCAAGCCUCUACUCUGUUAGAGAUGCUUACAGUUUCUGUGCAUUUUGGAAAAUCCUUUCAACCUGCUUGGCUUUUAACCUGACAGGGAUUUUAAGACCUUCUGCUAACUUUCUAUCUGUGGUUUACAAAAUAAACUACUUUUAAGUAGGCCUCUGAUGAAAAUGGGAGAUUUGUACUUUACCUCAUGAUAGAAAUGCAUUACUAACAUUAUAGAAAACUAAUCAAAAGUCUUCAUUUGCUAAGUUAUGCAUCCUUAGCAUUGCAAUCUGGAUUGUAUGUAGCAGCAUUACUUACAAAUAGCUGUCUACUCCCUCUUGUGGUAUACUGCUUUAUAAAGUCAAGUCAUCUAGUUAUCACUCUACACAGAGUUCAUGAUGAGGGACAUCAAAAUAAUCCCCGCUUCUUUGUCACAUGGAUGUGGAAGCCAGCCAAAACAUACAAUUCCAUACUGUAGCAUUUUUCUAAGUUACCACUAAACAGGUUAUGUCAUUCAUUAUAAACAAAUAUCUUUAAAAAACUGUGAAGUCAAAGGAGAGUAUGCUACCUUCAGUGAUACCUUACCACAAUCACUUGUAGGAGUGGCUUAGAAUUUUCUACUCUUGCUAAUCUUUUUCACUAGGUGAUAUCCAACAA